AGGAGCGUGAUGGAAGGCGUUCGGUGUCCACAGCACGGGACCUUGUGCUUCCUGAAGACGGGCGUCCGCAAUGGUCCGAAUAAAGGAAAAAGCUUCUAUAUCUGCCGGGCGGACUCUUGCGACUUCGUGAGGACCACCGACAUUCCUGUUUCUCACUGUUUACUGCACGAGGACUCUGUGGUGGAGCUCCAGGGUGUGCUCGCUCUGCAGGGCGAGAAGGAACAUCGAUUGUUCUUCCGAUGCAGCAGAAGUAAGGCAGAGGGCAGGCGGUGGUGUGGAAAUAUCCCGUGGCAGGAUCCUGAUUUCAAAGAACAUUCUGUAACCAGCAAGUCUCGGCAUUCGUCAGAGCUGCUUCAGUACCCUGCCGGCCAGCAGAGAAACCCCUUCAAGGUCCUUGAUAAGAAUCGAGAGCCUCUAGCCUGGAAACAGUUCCUCAAAGGUGAAGAAAGGGACAAGAUGGCUGCCAAGAAGCAGCCAGAAAAGGCAGAUCGACCUUUGGAUCAAAAGAAGACACAGAAGCCCGACUCUAGCUCCCGGGUGAAGCAAGACGUCUGCCCUGGGCUGGUGGGAAAGCAAAAGCAGUCUGCGCUUGGAGAGAAGCAGCAGGGGCCGCCGGCAGUGUCUCUGGGGGAAGCAAGGGAGGCCGGAGGCCACGUUCUGGAGGUUUCUCCCACAUGGACGAAGCUGGAGAAGCCGUCCGCAUCUCCUCGGGAGGAGCCAGGCGGCGAGCGCCAUUAUGUCCAGAAAGAAGCAGAACCGCGGAGAGAAAAGGAAACCAGGCCUCUGUCUGAACUGAUUAGUAGUCAGAACCCAACAGGCCGGCCCCAGAAAGGGGGCCCUGGCGGCCAGGGGCACCCCCAGAGCCCGGAGGCUAGUGAAACAGAGGCGCAAGAGGGGCCCGGGGCGCAGACCGUGCGGCAGCAGCCGCUCCUCCACGGCCGAGCCCGGCCACACACAGAGCCCCGCACUCUGCCUGCUCUGAGAGCACCGGCGGCCACCGCGGGCCCCGCCCUGGGCAGGCGGCCCGAGGCCGACACCAGCAGCAGUGGCAGCGAGGAAGACGGUGUGACCUUCGUGCCCGCGAAGCCUGCAGCCCCCCUGCCCUCUGGCUCCACCCCAGGCUCUCAGGACAGCGCUCAGCUCUCUGCUCAAAACGCUCAAAGAAAACCGUCUCCGGCCUCAGGGGCGCCCCGGAAGGUAGAGCCUUCAGGCCCAGCGGCCCAGCGUGUGCACCUCACUACGCAGCUGAGACAGAAGAAGAGCAUACUGGCUUCGGUGAACAUCCAGGCGCUUCCAGACAAGGGUCAGAAGUUGCACGAGCAAAUCCGGGACCUGGAGGAGAGACUCGACGCCCUGACCCUGUGCCCGGAGCCAGACAUUCCUGAGGAGACUCAGAUGGCAGCAGCGCCGCGGAAGAAUGUCACCAGGUCAACGGCUGAGCCGCCAAACUUGGUGCCCGCCGCCCCCCUGCAGCGCCAGGAUCUGCAGCCUCUGGGAGCUAACAGGUUCAGCGAGCGCCCACCAGGCCCCCUGAGCUCCACUCCCAACUGGGAGUGGCAGGUCACGAAGGAAGCCGUGUACGCACUGCAUCGGUCCCUUGAGUCAUGUCCCGACGAGACCGCUGAGGCAGAGGACCCCGCUGGGCUGAAGGUGCCUUUGCUGUUACACCAGAAGCAGGCGUUGGCCUGGCUGCUGUGGCGGGAAAGUCAGGAGCCACCGGGAGGGAUCCUGGCGGAUGACAUGGGCUUAGGAAAGACACUCACGAUGAUCGCACUCAUUCUGGCCCAGAAGAAUCAACAGGAAACAAAAGCAGUGGAGCAAAGCCUGCCGUUGGUGCUCUCCAAAGAUGGCCCCCCUCAAGACUCCCCUGAGCUUACUUCCCACGGAACACUACUCAUCUGUCCUGCUUCCCUGCUCCAUCACUGGAAAAAUGAGGUGGCGAAAUGUGUGAAGAGCAGCAGGCUGAGGGUCUGCCUCUACCACGGCAAGAACCGGGACACCAGUGCGGAGGUCCUUUCUACAUAUGACAUUGUCAUCACCUCCUAUAAACUUGUGGCACUAGAGGUUCACGCAAAGAAGCCGAAGGGAGAGACCCCGGAUGCAAAGCCCAGGGCGAAGGGACCCUCGACUCCUUUGCUGCGGAUACUCUGGGCUCGCAUCGUAUUGGACGAAGCUCACAAUAUUAAGAACCACGACGUGCAGACCUCCGUUGCUGUGUGUCAGCUCCGUGCCUGCGCCCGUUGGGCCGUCACUGGAACCCCCAUCCAGAACAACUUGCUGGACAUGUAUUCCCUGCUGAAAUUUCUUCGUUGUUUUCCAUUUGAUAACUUGAGUCUGUGGAAGAGUCAGGUUGACAACAGUACAAAGAAAGGGGGAGAGCGGCUAAGUAUCUUGACCAGAAGCCUUUUGCUGAGGAGAACAAAAGACCAGAAGGACGCAACUGGCAAGCCCUUGGUGAUGCUGCCCCAGCGUACUUUCCAGCUUCACUGUUUAGAGCUCUCUGUAGCUGAGAAGGAAGUUUACGGUGUCCUUUUCGCAACAUCAAGGUCAAUUUUGCAGUCCUAUCUAAGAAGACAGGAAAGUGGGGACCGCCAGUCUGAAGCCAGCCCUGAUGAUCCAUUCCGUAGAGUGGCCCGGGAGUUUGGGUACAGCGGCAACCGCGCAGGCCCCGCGGCCGCGGCCUCACGGAGCGCCAGCCAGAGGAGCGUGCUGUCUCAGCUGCUGCGGCUGCGCCAGUGCUGCUGCCACCUCUCUCUGCUGAGGACGGCCCUGGACCCGUCGGAACUGAAGAGUGAAGGCCUGGACCUCUCCCUGGAGGAGCAGCUCAGUGCUCUGACCUUGUCUGAAUUCCAAGACCCAGAGCUGUCGUCCACUGUCGCCCUCAAUGGCAAACACUUCCAGGUGGAGCUUUUUGAAGACACGAGAGAGAGCACCAAGAUCUUAUGCCUGCUGGAAAGGCUGGAGGCCAUCCGAAGAGAACCAGGGUCCCAAAAGAGCGUCAUCGUCUCGCAGUGGACCAGCAUGCUCAGAGUCGUGGCCUGGCACCUCAGGAGGCGCGGGCUGACCUACGACACCAUCGACGGCUCUGUGGGCGCCAAGCAGAGAAUGGACUUGGUGGAGGCCUUUAACAGCUCCAGAAACCCUCAGGUGAUGCUGAUCUCUCUCACCGCUGGAGGCGUCGGCCUGAACCUGACCGGAGGAAACCACCUUUUCCUGAUGGACAUGCACUGGAACCCAUCGCUUGAAGACCAGGCUUGUGACCGGAUUUACCGGCUGGGGCAGAAGAAAGAUGUCUUCAUACACAGAUUUGUGUGUAAGGGGACAGUGGAAGAGAAGAUCCUGGCACUCCAAGAAAAAAAGAAAAACUUGGCCAAGCAGGUUCUGUCAGGGUCUGGAGAAUCUGUUACCAAGCUCUCCUUGGAUGACUACAGAAUCCUUUUCGAUAUCUGAGCUCCUGUUUGCGGGGCUUAGAGCAGGGAGCGCCAUCACUGCUUCCUGCCAGCGCCUCGGAACCACGCAGCCUUCUGAGUGACCCUGUCCAUCGCCUGGAUUUUAGCCCCAGAAGAAUGGGGCACCAGCCGCUGUGCUAACGAACGGGCUAGUCAGUUAUGAUGGGGACUUGGUCAUGAUUAUCAGGUUGAUGACAGUCAUAUUAAGGAGUGACCUAGAAACCAAUACAUUACUUUGAUACAAGCCACUGCUUCAGCGCAAGGUGAUUCUGGAGGAGACUGGGUGCGGUGUCCUUGAACCCCACCGCGGGGGCAGCGCCCCUGACGCAGGUCUGUCCCUGUCUUCAUCUCUUGCCAGUGAGGCUGCUCCUGAGCCUCUCCGCUGGGCUGAGCGGAGAGUGGGCCCUCUGGCGUUGCUGCCGGUUGCCUCAUCCCAGGGGUUCAGGGCCAUGAGGGGCGCGGUGUUUACACUGUGGUCGUAGCGCUGAGCAGCACUGGUCUGUGUAGUGUUCGGAUCGCUGUAUCGUUUGGCGCACACACCUGAGUGCCAGGUAGGUGGUAGCUGUGCACGUCAUUUAAUACCACCUGAUAUUAACAGCAGUCCCUGCUCCCCUGAGGCUGACGGUCUAGAGGGGAGACAGGUGGCAGUGGUGGGGAGGCCACCAGGUGAGGAAGACUGGGGGUGAAGGGACUGAGGUCGGUGUGUGGGCCUGGCCACGGCGACGCCCAAGGCGCUUCCUGCAGUCUGACAUAAGCAGUGCUCAGUUCCCCCCGCUGCCUCUUCGCGGGGACUCCCCCAGGUCUCCACCCACGGAGACGCCUCUCUCGCGUCCCUGGGAGAGCUGGGCCCGGCGGGUGUCAGCGCCGUUUGUCAUCCCUGGCCGCGCUGUUUGUGCCGUUUCCUCCAGAGGACGGAGGCUCCCACUGGCGGCCCGUGUCCGUUCCUGUUACACCAGAGGCGGCGUGGCUCAUCACAGCGCAGCGUCCUGGCGCCGCCCCGGGCUGCCACGCGAGGGUGGUUUCUGGAUCUGGAGCACUUCGUUACCGUGGGGACAAUCUCUAAGUCCACGAACUUCUUAACCUUACCCUGGAGUCUUGGGCUCUGCAGAUCACUCACUUGCCAGGCUUUUCAGCAGGCGGGGUCAGCAAACUGGAGCAAACUGGGUUUAGACUCCGCGGUAGCACCGGCCGAGGGAGAGCCGUGCCCCUCCCCACACUAGCUCUUGGUAUUGGUGACGGGCCUGUUGCCAUUUAAGCAGCUGUGGCAUUGCCUGUGCUGGAACCUGGAUGUCGUGUGGAAACGUUCUGUUUCAACAUAGUUAGCUAUGGCAACACUAUCCAAUUCCUGAAACCGGAGCCACUAAAGUGAUGCACUCUUCAUCUUUGGUUCUGAAAUCGGAUCCAUCACACACAGGGCGGGGAAGGCAGGUGACGUGAUACAAGCUGCUGCACAGCAAGCAGUUCCCUGGGGGUCUGAGGUAACUGGAAAACGCAGGUCCCUGAGGUGCGUGUAUUUUAUCCAACGUGUAUGCAAGAAGCCCAAGAUGGUUUUCCUAAGUGGAUUUCAUUAAAUGCACCUUGAGAAAGGGAUUCUCGCAUGUAGAAACAGGUAGCAAGGAACUACAAAGUAAAUCUACCAACCCGUUUGACAGAGUAUUGAUGGAGCCUCUCCUAUGCGCCGGAGUAGCCCUUCCAGGGAGACUGGAGUAGUGCCAGCCCCCUGCCUGCACAGAGCUGGCCAUCGGGAGCCCAGGACACGCAGGGAGCAGGCUGAGGUGUGUUAGGUGGUGGUGGAGUCCUGUGUUGCAUCUUUAAGGCUUAUUUAUGUGUAGAAGAACUAGGGUGCAGGCCAGAGGUGCAAAGGAGAGAGGAUGCAUCAGACAGAGCGGGCGGGGGGCAGAACAGGCACCUACUCAAGCGCACUGCUGAGGGGAGCAGCGGGGAGAU